CUUCGACUGCUGCGAGCAGCUGUCUUUACGGGGCUAUAGUUUGUCUUAAAAAGAGCGAGUACAAUAGUAAAAUUUCACUUUCUUUCGGGGAAGAAUGGCUUGGACGAAGUAGAUACGUAUACUAACGUAAUGACUGGUCUAGCACUACGCCGAUCGCCAAUGGAUUACAUACAGCCAUCUCAGUCAACCCAGGAAAUUCAACCCUCUCCUCUAGCUCUGCUGGCUGCUACCUGCAGUAAGAUUGGACAAGGAACAGAUGCGGCAGGGGAACCGAUUCAAUCGGCGAUCGCUCAAAUACCACCGCAACAAGAAUACGUCCAAGUGUGGAGCCAAGACCCUGGCGUUCAAGAUGCCGCGCCAAAUGAUGGAUUCGUCGAAAACUCACCGACGAUCGUACCCGUUCAGAACCAGCAAAAUACAUCUUUAUAUUCGCCCUUAACACAAGUGGAGAAUGGUCAAGUUUAUUAUGCUAUAGUGACUAACUCUCCGAGUCAAGAGACCCAGUGUUGUAGCCCGAGUCCCGAGCUCGCGCCUUCGACACCGACUAAUGGAAACGCGCAAGUUUCAAGUCCUGAAAUUUGCAAUUAUUCCUUCGACGGAACCACUAAAGGCACUGAUUCUAUUACCUGGCUAGGGAAGGGGCCUAAUGUUAGCGAAAAUCAAGCGAACAUGAGUCAGUGGUGGCAGGGGAAACCGAUGAAUUGGGCUGUUACCAGUUCCGGUGAUGUCCAGUCGGCACAGUUCUCACAACCGAACUAUUCAUCAAGCACAAUGCAGCAAAACUCGGGGAUGGAAGUUGUGAACGUCGAGAACGUUGAUGUACCACCACAACCACAACAAAUUGUCGUUAAUGCUAUCAAUAAUAACGUCGUGAAUCAUGCUACAAGCUAUAUUCAAGUCACAAGGACACCACAAGGGCAAAUAAUCCUCACUCAGGAAACUUUAGAGCCCGGAAAAUGGCCGAACAACACCACUACCGUCAAUUUGAAUGCACUAAAUGAACAACAACCGGAGCAAGGGGGAUCUAGUAACAUCGUACCGGUGACUUUGCCUUUAGAUAGCCUUGGAGAUUCGCAAAACAACGGUGCUAUUACUAAUGGUAGCCCAACAACCGGGAGAAGGCUUCGAAGGAUUGCUUGCACGUGUCCUAAUUGCCGCGAUGGAGAAGGGAGAACAGCGAAUGGACGUAAGCAGCAUGUUUGUCAUGUACCCGGCUGUGGGAAAGUGUAUGGGAAAACUUCGCAUCUUAGGGCCCAUUUAAGAUGGCAUUCAGGAGAACGACCCUUUGUUUGUAAUUGGUUGUUUUGUGGGAAACGGUUUACGCGAUCGGAUGAGUUACAAAGGCACAGGCGAACACAUACUGGCGAGAAAAGGUUUACUUGCCCAGAAUGUAACAAGAAGUUCAUGCGGAGCGACCACUUGUCGAAACAUGUAAAAACCCAUUCAAAUGGGAAAAACAAGACAGCCCCAACAAGUGUUAAGACACAAGAUCCAAUACCCAUACAACCCCAGCCCCAAGCUGAAACACAGCCACAACCAAGCGAAAUAUCCGACGACGCGCUUCUUCUACAGAGUGAGAGAACGGCUGUCGUGGAAUUAAAUAUUCCUCAAGUGUGUACGGUGGAUCAGGAAGGUUGUAUAACAACCUCCGACUAUAAACUGACUGAAACGAGUCUCGAGGAGCUAGCUAAUACCCCUUCAGCGGAGGAUUUCAUGGAUUCUGCUGAUUUUGGUGCAGGUAAUGAUAGUGAACAAGGACAAGAAACCGAGUACUCCUCGUAGAGUAGUCUAGCCAUUCACCUCCAUCGACAGGGGUUUACACCCCAUUAUCGACAGGAGGAUCAUGCAUUAUACCUUUUAGAAAAUAUAUAUUUUUGUACAACUUUUUUUUCGCUUUGCCUUUUUGUUGAACAAUAUAUAAUUUUUUACUUAAUGGAAAAGCGAAACAAUACUAGUGGAACUUGUAUAUAUUAUUACAGCAUAUAAUGUAAAAAAACUACAGAUUGUCGUGAAUAUUGAAACUAUACUGAGUAUUGUGUGAUACAAAAUCAAUUUGGUAA